CGUAUGACCCGUUUUACUUUUUAGUUUUUAUCGGUAUAUUCGACUUGUUUAAGCAGCGUUUUACCGUUGAAUUGCGCAAAAAUACAGUACAUACUGAAGAUCAAAUUUGAUUUAAUUUAUCAGAGCGCUGUGUUGAAGCCAGCGUCUUGUAGCUACUGUAUUAUGGCCGAAAAGGAGCAACAAGAAGAAGAACACUUUGAUGUUCUCACUAAAACUGGCCACAAAGCUGGAUUCACCAAGCCCAGAAGUGCUGUACAUCGUGAUGGGGAUUACCAUCGAGCUGUACAUGUUUGGAUAUACGCUGAAAGCACACAGGAACUACUUCUCCAACGACGUGCAGACUGUAAGGAUUCAUGGCCGGGCUUGUGGGAUAUUUCUAGUGCGGGUCAUAUAUCUGCAGGAGACUCGUCCCUUAUCACGGCUAGGAGGGAACUACAUGAAGAGCUUGGUGUACUUCUACCCAAGGAUGCAUUUGAAUCGAUAUUCGUAUUCUUAGAAGAAAGUGUGACAAAUGGCGGUACAUUCAUCAAUAAUGAAUACUGUGAUGUAUAUUUGGUGACAACUUUAGAACCAAUUCCAUUGGAGGCAUUUACUCUUCAGGAAUCAGAAGUCUCAGCUGUAAAAUAUAUCUCCUUUGAGGAGUAUCGGAGCAUGCUGGCUAAUAAAGACCCUCAGUAUGUCCCUUAUGAUAUAGAUGGUCAAUAUGGUCAGCUCUUCAAUAUAAUUCUGAGAAGGUACAAAGGAAAUGUUGAAGAACGGAGUUUGGAUCUACAAAAGAAGCUCUCCCGCUAUGCUCCUGUCUCUCUUAAUCCAGAGUUAAUGGGCCUCACAGAUGCAGACAAAGGCGCUUUGAAGUAUAUUAUAAAAGCUGCCAUGAUAAUGAACGACAUUUUCUACCUUCAGAUUUGGUAUAGCAAUCCAUCUUUAAGGGAUUGGUUAAGCAAGAAUGCUGAAGUCUCUUCGCUAGACAACUUGAAAUGGAGAUAUUAUUGUAUCAACAAAUCUCCUUGGUCUUGCAUCGAUGAAAAUGAGUCAUUUUUGUCAACUGCAGACUCGGCUAUUAAGUUGCUUCCAGAAGUCACUACACCAGUCACUGGCUGGAAAGGUCUUCAAUACAGAUCUGCCUUCCCUGUUGAAAAGGCGCCCUCCGCAAAUUUUUACCCUCCAGAUAUGGACAAAAUGGAAUUUGAACUAUGGAAGGACAGCCUCACAGUGGACCAGAGGCAAGAGGCAACGGGAUUUUUUAGCGUCAUUAAAAGGCACUGUGAACUGGACUUAGAUUCAUCAAAAUGCAGCAAUGCAACAAUUAAUUCUACUCUUCCUUAUGAUCUUUAUGUUGUUCCUUACUCUCAAGAGUACAAAAAGUUCCUUGCUAAAGCUGCUGAGUUUCUUCGUAAAGCAGGGGACAUGACCAGCACACCUAGUUUAAAGAGGCUGCUACAUGGCAAGGCUGAUGCCUUCCUCACAAAUGACUACUAUGAGUCAGAUAUAGCCUGGAUGGAAUUGGACUCUAAGCUGGACAUAACUAUAGGCCCAUAUGAGACCUAUGAAGAUGCAAUUUUCGGAUACAAGGCAACAUUUGAGGCAUUCAUUGGAAUUCGUGAUGAUGAAGCAACUGCUCAGCUUAAACUUUUUGGUGAUUAUUUGCAGGUUUUGGAGAAAAAUCUUCCACUGGAUGAUGUGUACAAAUCAGAAGAUGUGAUUGCUGCUCCUAUACGUGUUGUCCAGCUAUUAUAUAAUGCAGGGGAUGUUAAAGGUCCGCAGACAGUUGCAUUUAAUCUUCCAAAUGACGAGCGUAUAGUAAAAGAUCGAGGAACUUCAAUGGUCAUUCUUAAAAAUGUUUCAGAAGCAAAGUUUAAGUUAAUUCUUCGGCCUAUUGCUGAUGUAUGUAUUACAAAGGAGCAGCAGAAUUAUGUGGACUUUAAUUCUUUCUUCACUCACACUAUUUGCCAUGAAUGUUGCCAUGGUAUCGGACCUCACAGCAUAACCCUUCCGAGCGGUAAAAAGUCUACAGUUAGAUUGGAGCUGCAAGAACUCCACUCAGCUCUAGAAGAAGCUAAAGCUGAUAUUGUCGGUCUUUGGGCCGUUAAAUACUUGAUUGACAAGGAUGUGCUUCCAAAUACUUCAAUCAGGUCAAUGUAUGUUUCUUUCCUUGCGGGAUGCUUCAGAUCUGUACGUUUUGGGUUGGAAGAAGCUCAUGGCAAAGGACAAGCUCUGCAGUUUAAUUGGUUAUUUGAAAAAGGUGCGAUUGUUUUGCAUGAAGGCGACACUUUUUCUGUCGACUUUGAUAAGGUCGAAGGUGCAGUUGAGAGCUUGAGUAGAAAAAUACUUACAAUACAGGCCAUGGGUGACAAAGAUGCUGCAAAUGAACUUCUCCAGAAAUAUUGUGACAUGACACAACCACUAAAAAUUGCUUUGCAGAAGCUGGAAAUUGUUCAGGUUCCUGUAGAUAUAGCUCCAACAUUCCCCAUUGCGGAUCAAGUAUUACAGACAAGCCCUGAAAGAUAGGAAUAUCAUAGAAUUUUCCUACAGGAAGACCCCCAGAAAACCAUUUUUUAUGCAACAAUUGUACUGCGUGCUGGAGAAUGGAGAAGGGUGGAGGAGUAUAAGUGAAUAACAGUGCUCAUAAAAAUAUGGGUUGUAAGAAUCUGUACAAUCUGCUCAAUUGUGUUUUUGAAGAAAAGAAUCCUCACGUUGUGAUAUUGUAUAUUAUGUAUGUUGCGUUUCUUUUGGAAAGUUGAUUCAUUCUCUCAA